CCUCCCCAUGGCGACACCCCUGCUGCUCUUGCUCUACCUGGCGACCGUCGGCUCCGACAACAUUGAUCUGCCUAUGUUUGGAGCACCCAUAAACAACAUCACGAUUCCUGUAGGAAGAGAGGCCAACCUUGUUUGUACUGUGGACAACCUUGCCACCUACAAGGUGGCGUGGCUGCGCAUAGAAACUCAAACGAUCCUGACUAUCCACACUCACGUGAUCACGAAGAAUCGGAGGAUUGGCGUGACUCACAGUGACCCGAGGACCUGGAACCUCCACAUCCGCGAAGUGCAGGAGUCAGACCGUGGCUGGUACAUGUGCCAGAUCAACACGGACCCUAUGAAGAGCCAAGCUGGCUUUCUCAAUGUUGUUGUUCCUCCUGAUAUCCUGGACCACCCUACCAGCACCGAUAUGGUGGUGCGGGAGGGUAGCUCAGUCGCCCUCACGUGUGCAGCAUCAGGCUCUCCUAACCCGUCCAUAGUGUGGCGUCGUGAGGCUGGGGAAGCUAUUGUUCUAAACGAUGGAACCCAAGCUAUGACCUAUGAAGGGGCUGUGCUCAACAUAUCCCGGGUGAACAGACUGCACAUGGGGGCCUACCUCUGUAUCGCCUCCAACGGCGUUCCUCCCUCCGUCAGCAAGAGGAUAGUGCUGAUAGUCCACUUUCCGCCCAUGAUAUCGGUGCCCAAUCAGCUGGUGGGCGCGCGAGAGGGGCAGCAACUGUCGCUCGAGUGCCACUCGGAAGCUUAUCCCAAGUCCAUUAACUACUGGACCAGGGACAAAGGCCAGAUGAUCUUUCACGGUGCCAACUUUGAGCCAGAGAUGUUAGACAAGGCAUACAGAGUUAUUAUGAAGCUGAAUAUCCGAGCUAUACAUCCCUCAGACUUCGGCGUUUAUAUGUGUGUAGCAAAGAACGCACUAGGGGUCACAGAUGGCUCCAUCAAAGUUUACAAAAUAACAGAUGACAACAGUAUACGAAUAUCAGGAAGAAACGAAGUCGUACUGGAUGCAAAUUCAGAAGACAGCACUUUGUACAGUGGCCAUAAACCAAGUCGCCAGAAUGCUAGAGACUCUGGGAAGGAUCAAGAACCGACAUCUGGCGGCUAUCAGAUUUACUUCAAAGCUUCAUUUUUCAUAUACUGGAGUUUCACGAACAUUUGGUUAUCCUGGAUUUUCGUACAUAUAUAAAAAUGUUUCAUGUAAAUACUUUGAUACAAUGUGUAGUUAAAUCCAAGCGAUAGGCUGUACUGGUGCUUUUAAGUAGUUAAUGUAUUUUUGUACAUAAAAUCGUGAUGAUUUAGUUCAUAUAUUAGAUAAAACUAUGUUUUAGUCUUAUAAUUAUUUCUGAGCGUUUUAAAUAUUUUUGCAGUUAAGUUAUAAAAUAAGCAACUAAUAAUUUAAAAAUAAAGUCAAAUAUGCAUUAUAAACACUAAAAUGUAUUAAGUCGUCACUAUUAUCAUGAUAUUGUACUACUUUAUCUGAACAACGAAUAAAGUUUAAUCUAUGAAUCUGAAUGUACUGCAAACGCUUAAAAAUAUUUGGAAGAUGACAUAUUAGUUACAUUUGCAUAUAAUUUAUAUUAUAUGGUUUUUUAUACCAUGGUAAUAUUUCAGCUUUAUAUCAUAAGAACAUCACAAAUGUCAAUUUUAAAAUUUCUCAUUAUCAUACAUUGAUCAUUAAUACUUUUAAAACCUUACAUAGAUUUUAAAAAGGCACCUUAUAGGUACCAAUUUAAUUUCUAUAUUUUCAGUCUGAAUAUGAUACUAGCUUGUUUAAUUAAAUUUCUGUUACUAUUUCCAUACAAGAAAAACAUAUAAAAUAGCAUAAUGUAAUACGAAUAAAAAGUACUUAUUUGAGCAAAUAAGAUGUUGUAUAUGUUUAAAGACACAAUUUUAUUAUGUUGAAUUUACACUAGUUAAAGUCAUAACUCAUGAAGUUAUUAUUUUCUAGAUGCCAUUGCAAAAACAUUUAGCAUAUUAGCUACGUUUAAAUUUUAAAAACUCAAUUUAAUUUAUUAAAUGCAUUGCAUUUUUUCAGUAUCAGAGCUUUAAACUUUUGUUCAACUAUAUUCCUUAAAUAAACUAUCAAAGAUGGAAACAGUUUAAAUAACAAUUAAGAAUUUCUCAAAAUAUUACUCAUAAACUUAUACUUUGCUGUUACAUCCUUCAUUCAAACAAUUUUAGCAGUAUUCUAUGGUUAAAAUAUAGUAUAUGUAUUCUUACUUCAUGGUUAUUUGAUUUCCAUAUAUUCUUCUACAUACUCAUGUAUUUUAUUUUAUACAUAUUGUGGCCAGAAGCACGAAUGUAUGCCAGAACUUCUUUUGAGAAAGCAAUUGUAAUGUUACUGACAUACGCAAAUAAUGAAGGUUUGAUUUUUAUUAAAUAUAAGGAAUAAGUUGCAUUAAUUGUAGUCAUUGUUUAACGAAAACAAUUGUUACAUAAAUAUUAUAAUAAAAACUUGAUAGUUGAUGUUUUACUAUGUUAAACAGUUAGAAUUUGCUUUGUACCAUCUGGUUUAGAUUAAACUCUAUAACCUUUUUAUAGAAUAUAAAGAAUUUCACGAUAAUUUAGUCAUUUAUUGAUGAAAUUAAUCACUUAAAUUAAUUAUAUGAAUAAAUUAUCAUGACUUUUUUGUGUAGUUUAAAUGUGUCAUUUACAUUAUUGUAUUUUAUUAAUGAGAAUCUAAUUAGGCUAUAAAUAAAAUCCAUCUAAAUUGAAAAUGAGUAAUAUAGUGAUGGAAGAUACAAUUGCUUUGUAACUUCAUUUGAACCAUACGAAUAUUGUGUUUAUUAUUUAUUUUAAAAUUUGCAAUUGAAAUACUUAGUUAUAUUAUUUAACGAAUAAUAUCCACUAUUGGAAUGUAAAUUUUAACAGCAGUAUUUAAGUACCUGAAUUAAAUUGUUAUCUUCAACUUCAAUAUGUAAUCCCCACACAUUUAAAUUACUGGAUUUUAAAGUAUAGUCCAGCGCUGAAUUACGGAACUUUGCGAUUUAUAGAACGGAAAUUUUGCUAUUAUUACUUCAGUUAAUAUACAAUUUGAAUGUCAAAUAUAUAAACAUUAAAUUAUAUACACCAUAUAGUUUUUUAAGACGUAUUUUUAAUAUUUCACAAUAAUAUAAGCUAUAACAACCAUGUAUAGUAGUUUUUUUUUUCAAAGCAGGCAUUUAAUAUAAAAUGUAUUACAUUUUGUUUAGUCAUGAUUUAUUAUAAGUAUAUAAAUACUAGUCAAACAUAUUGGUAUUUCAACAACAAAACUAAAUAGUGCAGUAAUCCUAUUGAAGGGUUUUUGUAUAAAAUUUAAUUAAAUGGAGUUUCCUCAA